CCGAAUUCCCAAUCUCAAUGACGUAGACCGACAAAAUUUUGAUUUAUUCUCUUAACAACCUUCUUCGAGGCGCUGCAUCAUGGCCGGUUUAGGAAUGGGUCCAAACACAUGGCCGGGCCCGGAGGGUAGUUGUCGUCGCUGGUACAGUAAAUCUGGGACAGUGGGUACUCAACUUUGCCCAAAAAAAUGCUUUGAGCCCAACGAUGGAAUCUGUUGUGACUACCAAUUGGUGACACCUCAACUCGAUGCCGAAGAUCCAAUGGCGGGACAAAAGCCGGCAGAGCAAAGGAAAACCGUAGGAGUGGAGGGCCAACAACCAACUAAAGAACCACAACGAGCAUCGGCAGCGCCGGGACAACCUACAGAAGCUCCACCACCUCCGACACCUCCUCCCGAAUCAAAUCUCAACAAAUCGGAAUUGGAUUAUGAUGGUCCGAUAAGAACAAUGGUUGAUGUUCAGGGAGAAUGUUGUCGCCGACUUCCCUCGGAACUAGAGGGCGAUACGGAAAAGUGUCCACAGACUAAACCUUGCUGCAUUCCUUGCAGGCCCCUGCAAACUUCCUUGCAUAUGAAGGAGAUGGCCAAGUAUCCAAGACAAAAACCAACCUACAAGCAUUCCGUGACCUUGGAUGAGGAUACAAUGGUGGGUCGUGUGUUUCCCAUGAAAUUUCGUUUGCGUCGCAAAUGUACCAAAUGCAAUGAUUGUGGCAACGAUUUAUAUAUUCGGCAUCCAAUAACCGAUAAUAACAAUCUCUUGCUCUUGUCCAGCUGUUGCAGUGUGGAGGUUUAUCCGCAAAAUAAAGUCGACUGUAUGCAUAGGAUUCCUGUGGCCACAAUCAACGGACCAUUGCAGCGUUUCUCCAAGAAGGUUAUAGAAGAGAAGUCCAACUUUCGAUUGUUUGCUUUACCCAAGCCCGAGCCACCACCCAAACCGGAAGAGAAACCAAAAGAGGCACCACCCAAGGGAAAAAAUAAGAAAGGUAAAAAAGGCAAAAAGGGUAAAAAAGGCAAAAAGAAGUAAUAAGUACAAACGGAA